GCUCUCGGCGCAGUGGACACCGCCGGGCAAUGGCCACGUCGUCGACGCUGAGCCAGACGCAGCGGUACGCUGCGGGUGCGCUCCUCGCGCUCGCGCUCCGCCAGGCGCAGAUCCACCAGCGCAUCCUUCUCGGCUCUCACGGCCUCGACUUGGGCCCCGACCCUGAGACCGCCGUCCUCUCCAGCGACGACUCCGACGGCCGCGACCUUUGGACCCACGACUCCCGCGGCCUCCUCCGCCCCGUCCUCAGGUUUCUUGAGAUCGACCCCAAGGCCUGGCCGGGCGUGGAGAAGACGGCGGCCACCUCCGAGCCCAAGCACCACAUUGGAGCCUUUCUCCGGAAAGUCUUCGAGGACGAAGAUGACGGCGAGAAGGCCGCCGCCGACAGGUCCGACCUCGAGCUCGCGCUCGCCAAAGCCGUCGACGCGAUGGCGAUGGGCCUGGAGAACGACGUAGCACCGGGCGACCUGCUCAAACAACACGUGUUCGGCCCCGCCAACAAUGACGAAGAACCGGCUGACGACGGGUCGCCGUCGUCCCCGGGAAGCGGCGGGCGCUCCAAGGAUUACCGGAAGAUGGCGGUGCUGUACAUGCUCCUCUCAGCCUGCGUGGCGGACGUGAACAUGGGCGAGGACGGCAUGGGGUCACCCCGCAUCAGGAAGGGCUACGACGCCCGCCACCGCGUCGCGCUCCGGCUGAUCGCCACCUGGCUCGACGUCAAGUGGAUCAAGAUGGAAGCUGUCGAGAUAAUGGUUGCUUGCUCUGCUAUGGCUGCAGCGAAAGAGGAAGAGAAAUCGCGUCAAAGUACGUCGCCGAGAAGCAGGUGGCAGAAAUGGAGGCGCGGGGGGAUCAUCGGCGCCGCCGCCUUGACCGGAGGGACGCUCAUGGCCAUCUCCGGGGGUCUAGCUGCUCCAGCGAUUGCUGCAGGGUUUACUGCUCUUGCUCCGACGUUGCACGCACUUGUCCCUGUUAUAGGGGCUAGCGGAUUUGCUGCUAUAGCUACAGCUGCUGGACACACCGCUGGAUCAGUAGCAGUUGCUGCAUCAUUUGGAGCUGCUGGAGCUGGGUUAACUGGUUCUAAAAUGGCCAAAAGAAUUGGAGAUGUGAAAGAAUUCGAGUUCAAAGCCCUCGGCGGGAAUCAUAACCAGGGUCGCCUAGCCGUUUGCAUCAUGGUUUCUGGAUUUGCUUUUAACGACGACGAUUUUUUAAAGCCAUGGGAAGGAUGGAAGACUAAUUUAGAGAGGUACAUUCUUCAGUGGGAGACUAAGCAUAUAAUUGCCUUGAGUACAGCAAUACAGGAUUUUCUGGCAUCAAGAGUUGCAAUGGAGUUGAUGAGGGAAGGUGCAAUGCAGACUGUGUUAAGUGGUAUAAUUUCAGCAUUUGCAUGGCCUGCUACCUUGGUAGCUGCUGCAGAUUUUAUUGACAGUACAUGGUCCAUUGCUAUUGACAGAUCAGAUAAGGUUGGGACAAUGCUUGCUGAAGUGUUGCUCAAUGGACUGCAAGGAAGCAGGCCUGUUACUCUCAUAGGUUUUUCGCUCGGCGCGCGUGUUGUGUUCAAAUGUUUGCAGGAAUUAGCUCUUUCGGGCAAUAACGAGGGAAUAGUCGAGAGGGCUGUGCUGAUAGGGGCACCGGUCUCAGUUAAAGACGAGCUGUGGGGGGCUGCCAGGAAGGUGGUUGCUGGAAGGCUUGUGAACGUGUACUCCACUAACGACUGGAUCCUCGGCGUCACAUUCAGGGCGAGUCUGCUCACGCAAGGCUUGGCUGGCAUCCAGGCGGUCCAUGUCCCCGGAGUUGAAAACGUUGAUGUCAGCGAGCUCGUCGUCGGGCACUCCUCCUACCUAGGACUCAUGCAGCAGAUCCUGGAGCAGCUGGAGCUGAAUACCUACUACCCGGUCUUCUCCCCCGGCACGCCCAGAUCGAAAUAACCGCGAUGCCCUUCUGCUACUCGCAUGAACGUGGCACCAUGAUUCGUGCGACAGGGACGGUGUUACCUGUGAUGAAUAUAGUCACCAGAGCCUGUAUGUAUAGCUAAUAAAGGAAACUUUUGUUGUAAGGUAAAGGGAAGAAAAAAACGAUAUUUCCAUAGACUAGUUUGAUUGACUAGCGAAAUACC